AUGUCAAAAGAAGAAUCAACUUUUAAAUUUGGACAUCCAAUGCGAUCACAAUUUCUUUUAGAUAAUGAUUAUAUACCACUUAAUCAUGGAUCGUAUGGAACUAUUCCUAAGGUCGUUCAAGAAGCUUUCCGUGAAUAUCAAGAUAAAAUGGAAACUAAUCCUGACAAGUUUUUUCGCAGAGAUUUAGAAUUAGAAUUAUGUAAAGCCAGAGAAGCUGUAGCAAAAUUUAUAAAUGCUGAAACAAAUGAAGUGGUUUUUGUACAAAAUACUACAACUGGUAUUAAUUCAGUUUUGAAAAGUUUGAAAUAUGAAGAAGGUGAUAAAUUACUUUAUUUUUCGACAGUUUAUGCUGCUAUAGGAAGUUUAUUAGAAUAUAUUCAUGAAAUAUAUGAAGGAAAAGUUGAACUUAUCAAAAUUGAAGUAAAUUAUCCUAUAUCAGAUGAUGAUUUAAUUGAUAAAUUUGUCAAAGUCAUUGAAGAGGAAAAACAAAAACCAAAUACGAAAAUCAAAUUGGCCGUAAUUGAUGCUAUAUCUUCUACUCCCGGAGUUAUUGUACCUUUUCAACGUAUGAUUUCUAUUUUGAGACAAAAUAAUAUUCUUUCUGUCGUUGAUGGAGCUCAUGCAAUUGGUCAAAUUCCUCUAAAUAUUAAAGAAAUUGAACCAGAUUUUUUUGCGACAAAUUGUCACAAAUGGUUAUAUACACCUAAAAGUUCUGCUAUUCUUUAUGUUCCAUAUAAACAUCAGAAAAAGAUUCAUCCUUCUGUUACAAGUUUAUAUUUACAUGAAGGGUUUGUUUCCGAAUUCUCAUGGAUUGGAACACAAGAUUUUGGUUCAUUUUUGGCGAUUCAUGCUGCUUUGGAAUUUCGCAAAAAAAUUGGUGGUGAAGAAAAGAUUCAAAAUUAUUGCAAAAAAUUGGCUAUUGAAGGAGGAAAUUUAAUUUCUUCAAUUCUUGGUACGGAAAUAAUUGGACCAGAAAGUAUUAUUCAAAGUAUGGUCAAUAUUAGGUUACCAAUUCCUACAUCAAAUGAAGAAUUUACUGAUAAAAAAUUUAUGGAUUUAAUGUUUAAUAAGUAUAAUUUUGCUGUACUUGUAUUUAAACAUAAUAAAUAUUGGUAUAUUAGAGCUAGCGCACAAAUUUAUACAGAUUUAAAUGAUUUUGAAAAAGUUGGUUAUAUUGUAAAAGAAAUUUGUGAUUCUUUUAAAUAA